GGUCUAUACUUGAGCUCAGGUAAAACCCUCCUGAGAGCUAGAAUUAACAGAAACGCUGUGGAUUACGUCGACGCCUUCCUACCGUCAGUAACUGUGUAGGCCCAUGAAAAUUUAAAUCAAAUUCUUCACGAGACAAAGUUCAGCGUUCAGUUUGAUGGCAACGCGUGUCGGCUUGGCCAUGAAUCCGCCGCAUAUCAUCUCAGAGGAAAGGGCGGUUUUCACGCAGCUCAAACCAGUUAGGAUGUCGGGAGCAGACGGCGCUGAAGAUUCGUCCGUGUUUGAGGACGUCAAACCCGGGACUCGACUAGAGUUGGACAAAUAUCUCCCAGUCACCAGUCCUCUCUUGAGUCCUUCCACUGACACCAGUGACAAGAAGUACCGACGAGAAAGCGCCUCCGUGGUGGAUGAGUACUUCUCAGAGGACAAACCUGCAGCUCCUUACAGUGUCAACAUCAACUUCAUCCUGCCCAACACCACCCACCUCCGCACAGGCCUCUACAGGCCCAACAAUAAGACCCUCACGCCACAGCAGAUCAAGACAGAACCAGGGCUGGAGGUGCCCUGCUCCAUCCCCACCACCACCCAGGCGCUACCAGACUUUACCUCCGUCUUCAGCGUGCCACCUGUCGUCAAUAAUGUGUUUAUCAAACCAGACAUGAGCUCAGUGGCGAGUGUCACUGUGGAGUCUCAGCAGCAGCCAAGUUUGGCCACGGAGCUUCAAAUUGGACCCCCACCUCCCCAACCACAGGUCUACCACAUGCCCGUCACCAGCUGUGCUGACCUCACCAUGACCCUGUCACACAGCAGCCCGACAGCACAGUGCUCCAGUGGCGGCAGGACCAUGCUAAACAUCGGCAGCAUCACUUUGCCGACGACCAGCAACAACUACAUGAUGGCAGAGCACCCUCUGCAGCAGCAGCAGCAUCACGGCUAUUACCAGGCCUCUCCAAAUAACACUUCGCAACACACAGCACCCCACAGCCUGCCACCUUCACCCCCAAACUCCCAGCCAGGGAGCCCAGACGGCGAGGCAGAACUGCUUAGCUUAGCACCGCAGCCUCCACCUCCAUACCAACACCGCUUGGGAGGGAUGAAGGUGACAGGGUUGUCUCCGCAUGCCCUGCUGAUGACACACGGCCAGGGAGUCCUGACAGGCCCCAAAUACAACAGGCGGAACAACCCGGAGCUGGAGAAGAGGAGGAUCCACUUCUGUGACUACCCAGGUUGCACCAAAGUUUACACAAAGAGCUCUCAUCUGAAGGCACACCAGAGGACGCACACAGGUGAGAAACCGUACCGCUGUACGUGGGAGAACUGCGACUGGCGUUUCGCCCGAUCGGACGAGCUCACCAGGCACUACCGGAAACACACCGGGGCCAAACCCUUUAAGUGCGUGGCCUGCAGCCGUUGCUUCUCGCGCUCAGACCACCUAGCUCUGCACAUGAAGCGUCACCAGAACUAAAAUAAAGACGUACAUGCAAACCCACACUAUCACACACAAGCGGUGGUAUGCAUCCGUAACAGCCACAUGAAUCUAUCUGAUGCUAAAUUUGAUGCUAGCAGACACUGAAUGCUAUUAACAUAUUUUAGUUUUGAAAAUGACCAAAGAUAACACCAGAACAAGUGAUGUCUGUUGUCAAUCAUUCUUGUCAUUUAGACACAAUAUUCACAUUCAGCGCAUUCGCUCAGCUAACAUUCAUUGUAAGAACUGUGGUGUGAAGCUCCAUCCAUGGAUUUGGGACUCCUGAUUACUUUAUACAACAACAACAUGACGGUCUUCUUCUCAGCAUCAUCACUGUCCACGUCUUUUAUGGUUUUGAGGUAUGAACUUUUAAAGAGAGGUGGAUACACUCCCCUCUGGCCUGCCUGCCUGUGUACAUACUUGUUUAUAUGUGUGUGUGCUUGAGAAUACAAUGAAUGUACUGAAAUUUAUACUUGACCACCUGUAUUUUCACUGAACGAUAACAUGAGUAAUAUCAUUCCACACUGUAAGUUCCUUGUGAUAAAAUCUGCCGCUAACGGGCUUAAAAAGAAAAGAAUCAACAGACUCAAUCAGAUCAGCUCUCCAUGGAAAAGUUAAUCAUCGCCCAGUUAUGCCUGUUUGUGCACAGGUAAAACCUGUCGGAAGGAUUUGCCAAUGUUUGUAUCCGUGACAUUACCGUUGUCCUGGAAACCAAGCUCCUUUGACUACAGUUUGCAGGUUGCUUGUAGUUUAUCUUAUUCUUUCUAGUUGUUUCCUUUCUUUAAAUUCUCCUGUAUUUGUUAAUGCUUCAGCUUCAGAAAGACCGAGGUGGGCGGACAGUUGUUGUAUAACUGGUUUCGUGUUCCUGAUGGUUUCAAAGCACCAUAUCGCAGGUUAAUCGCAGUCAUUCCGUUACUUGACUGUUAGUUAAAGCUUCUGCAUUUUUGUAGUUGGUUAAAUGAGACUUAAAUCUACCAGUUCAGCAUGCCAAUGUUUAGAAGAAAGGACAGAACAUAAGAGGCAACUGAUGGCUAUUAACCAAGGCUCAACACAUUUAUACUUUUCUUGACAGAAUAAUUGGCUCAAUACAUUGACAAACUGGUUCUACCUGCCUAUCCUAAAGCCACUUUUGUCUUUGAGACUAACACUAAAAAUAGUUAGUAAGGAGGCAACAGCUUUAACCCUGGAACUCCCAAUUCUGUUCAGAGGAAUGUGUUUUGUAAUCCAAAACCACCUCACUGUUAAACUAUUACACUUUUUUCACUUGUUCUAUGAGCUACAUCAGAAAUAUCCAAGCCUUUCAGCAUCUAUCCCAGUUAAUACCAUCUUUUAGAAGUUUCUAGCACUUUGCUGUGACAGUUAAAAAGCACUUAAAUUUUCAGGAAUCAAGCAUUUAAAUGUUCUCUGAACCCACAAAAUAGCUGAUGAGCUUGAAAUCAGACUAAGCUGAAACAUGUAGGUCGUACCAGAGGACUCGUGAGAUGAGUGUGGGGUAUAUUUUUCAUUCCUCUGUUUAAGUUUUUUCAUAUGUGUAAAGAUUUUCAGACACAAACUACAUUUAUAAACACAUAAUCACCAUCUCUUUCCUCUUCCUGUUGUCCCUGUAGCGUCUCCACUACAGAUUUAACAUCUGUAAGAUGUAAGAUCUUGAUGAUUAGGGACCAAUGAUGCAGCACCGCCCGGACAGUUUGUGUAGAGGUGUACAGAGGUAUAGUGUGUUAGGAUGAAAACACAGUAAAACAGCUGAUAAGUGAGUUAUUACUUUGUUGAACAGUUUGCCUCAGCCUGUCUGAGCACACCCGCUCACAUCUGGACUCAACCUUUUGUUUGAUCGUCCAGCUCCGUUUUCUUAGGGUUAGUGGGCAUAGCUUAUAAAGUAAAAUGAUAAACGACUUAGGCAGGAAAGGACUCACAGAAAAGGGCUUUUUUCUUUUUUUUUUUUUUUUGCUAACUUUGUGUGCCUAAAGAUGAACUCAGUCAAAUGACGCCACCUACAGGACAGGUGUGGAACUGCAGCCUCAGAUUUAUUGACCCAUUAUCAGGAAUCCCUUUGAGGUUCAGACUUUUUUUAUUAAUAAUGAUUUGUUUUCUUUCAUUCUCUGCAUCAUCUAUCUGUGUUUAAAGGAUUAAACCCUAAUGUAGAGACCUGAACGGGACAGGAUUUUCAAUCCUGUUCCCACUCCCGAAGCCUCCCUGCAUGCUCCCACCCACUUCCGCGGGACUCCCUUCACCUGAUCGUCCAAGAGAUUCCCACGUGUCCCCAAGGGUCCUGACAGGUCCCGAGAUUUAUUUAAUGCAAAUUCUGAAGAAGAACUUCUCAUUACCAUUUAUGGGGGAUUUUUCCAGAG